UUGCGAGGAAGCUGCCGCACGCGGAGGUGAGCGGGAGGGUGGUCAUGGCGGGGGAGUUUCCCGUGAUCGGUCACGAGAUGGUGAUCGAGGGGAAGGGGAACGCGACGCUCGACGCGGCGGAAUGGGAGUUCCGCCCGUUCGUGGUGCGCGGCAGGGGGGCCAAGCUGACGCUGAAGAACCUGCAGCUGUACAAGGGACAGGCGCCGCUGAAGAGCUCCAGGGCGGCCAAGCGGUUCCCGCCGCUGGCCGACGGAGGAUCGGUGCUGGUCUACGACGGGGCGUCGCUGGAGAUGCACAACGUCUUCGUCAACCAUAGCAAGUCGUGGAGGGGAGCCGCCAUAGCCGCGUACGGGGCGAGCAAGGUGACCGUCGUGGGCUGCCGCUUCCUGAACAACUACGCUUGGUAUGCCGGGGGGGGCAUCUACCUGGCCGAGGGGUCCAACGCCUCCGUCUUCAACUGCAGCUUCGAGAGGAACAAAGGAUCCGAGGAGGGAGGCGCCAUAGCCGUCACGGGAGGAUCGUACCUGCGGUCGGAGAGGACGACGUACAGAAGGAACACCGGGAAGAGGGAGGGAGGGGCCGGCAUCAUGGUGGAGCACCCCGGAAGUGUGGUCAUCUCCAUCGACGACCUGUUCUUCGAGAACAAGGGCGUGCUUCCCUCGGCAGUUGGGGGGGCCAUUCUGGUCAGAGACAACGGCACGCUCUUCGUGUCAGGAAGCAGAUUCGUCCGGAACAGGGCGCGGGGAGGAAAGGGCAACACCAUCUUCGUCGAAGAAGGCGGCAUCAUCGGACGGCUGACGAACGGCCCGACAGAGAAGGACGUCGAAUGGCCAUCGAACCAGCCGAAGCCAGACAUGCCAAUGGGGAUGACCACAGAGACGGAGAACAAUGCGAUGGCGACGGAGGCGAUGGCGACGGAGAUGGAAACGAUGGAGAAGAAGGCGAUGGCCAUGGAGUCGACGACGACCAUCGGGUCGCAGUCGUUGCCGCCUCCGCCGCUUCUUACUGGAAGAAAGUUACGUUGGUCCCUGGACAUGAAGGCGAAAGAGUCGGCGAACGAACCGGCAAAGGAGCUGACGGUGGACAAGGGGGCAAAGUUAAUGAUGACCCCUGAUAGCCAACCCUUGCCCCCUCUUCCGGGCCUUCCGUGAAGGAAUCCCAGAUCGCAAGGGAGGCGAUGGCGAAGGUGGCCACGGCGAUGCGAAGGAUAGCCAGAAAGGCGAUGGCCAUGGGAAGAAGGGAGCGAGGAAGGGAGGGAGGGAGGGAGGGAAGGAGUCAUCAAGACAGAGGAUGAAAUUGAAAAGCAGAGGGACAACCAAAGAGCAGGAUGAGUGGGACAACAAUGAUCAUCGCUCAUCUCCCUUUCGUGGCGUAACGGGUGUUAAAAAUUUGCUGAUGGCAACGACCUUGCUGGGGAGGGAAGGAGGACAGGACUCGAGGAUCUGCGGCGCGCGAGGAGAGCAAAAUGGGAGAAAUCCAGAGAAGGGUGUGUUGUAUUCGAGGGAUCAAUGAAGUAGAUUGAAAACU